AUGAAAUAUGCUGAGAGUGACAAUUUAAACGGUCAACAUGACCCCGAAUUCUGCCAGCGAAAUAGAGUUGGCCUCAAAAAUAAACAUCAGAGUAAACAUAAAGAGCCUAUAUAUUAUAUGAAGUCUAUUGAAGAGAUUGAAGUUGGGAAGGAUGAAACUAAA